GAUAGAGAGAGAUUACACUCCUUUUUCCAAGAGGACUUUUCCGAGCUCUGUUAUGGAAUCUAAUGUGUAUUAUUCGUCUGACUAUACCAGCAUAUAUGAGCGAGCAACAUUAAAACUGACCAUCAUCAUGCUAAAUAAAGCCAGCCAGCACUCUUCAGUCUGUUAAAUUCUAAACUGGGAAUAAACGUGACAGAAGAGGGAGUUGUAUAUGAGGAGGCCAAUGAGUUGUUCUUCUGUAGCCUGAUGCCCAAGUCGCUUCAGGACUCAGGAUUAUGCCAGACAUGGAGACUGAUCCUGAGUCAGCAACAAUGGAGAUGGGAGACAAGGCCUUGACGCAGAUCUUGGCUCAUGUGAUUGCUGAGGUGAAGGGCUCCAUCAAUAAAGAUAUUAACGGAUCUGAACUUGUGUCCAGUUUGCUUAAUGCUCCCUGGCUGCAGUCUCUACUGAAGGUGUAUGAAUGUCUACAGAAGCAACUGAAGGAUUCUGCUAGACCAUAUCUCUCCUAUUCAUCUGGACUUUCUCUACAGAUUCUGUCUGACCUGCUGGCAAUACCAAGCCCCUCAAAUGAAGCUCGAGAACUUUAUGACCUCCUGAGUCAGCCAAAUCUACAGGCUCUCCUCUCGGCACAUGAUACAGUAAGUCUGAGGGACUAUGAGCUGGAAUUGCCACCAUUGCCUAAAGACAUCCCUGAAGAUGAGGAAGCCAUGAGGAUCAUUUGCCUGGUCAAAAACAAUCAGCCUCUGGGGGCAACGAUCAGGAGAGAUGAGGUGACAGGUGAUAUAUAUAUUGCUCGGGUUAUGCAUGGAGGACUGGCUGACCGCAGUGGUCUCUUGCAUGCUGGAGACAGACUGGUAGAGGUGAACGGUCAUCCUGUGUUUGGACUGGAACCAGAACAGAUCAUCCAGAUUCUAGCCAACUCCCUUGGAACCAUAAUGUUCAAGGUGGUUCCUAUCACUGACAAGCCAGUCAAUAAUCAAACCAUGCUUUAUGUGCGUGCCAUGGUGGACUAUAACCCUCAUACUGAUACCUCCAUCCCCUGCACAGACGCUGGUAUGGCCUUCAGGAAGGGAGAUAUCCUGGAGAUUGUGGAUCAGACAGACACCCUCUGGUGGCAGGCCAUAAAACUGUCAAGUAUCUCUGCCGGCGCUGGCCUAAUUCCCUCCACAAGCUUGCUCAAAAGGAAGCAGAAAGAGCACUGGUGGUCUCAACCUUAUCAACCCCAUACCUGUGUCAAAACCUUGAGCCCAGUGGAUGAAGAAGAGGAUAUUAAUGCCAUUGAUGAAAAAUUUGUAGAAGCAGAUGAGGAAGCGUUUGAAUCUGAAGAGCUAAAGGAUGAGGAGAGUGAAUUCACCACCAACAUUGAGGGGUUUUAUUUGACUGGUUUUCAUCGCAGUCUGCGUCUCUGUCGCCGGCGGAGGGGUCAGGCUUUUGGAACAUCCCAGAUCUGCUCCCUUCGUUGCCCCAUGAGCUGUUACAGUUCCCUGGCUAUUCCUUACGAGGAGGUGGUGCGAUACCAGCACCAUCAAGAACACACACACCUCCUCAUAGCACUGCUGGGUCCGUCUGGGGUCGGGGUGAAUGAAUUACGCAGGAGGCUAAUCGAGAUCAAUCCUAAGGUUUACCAAGGAGCUGUUCCCCAUACCACACGACCGCCCAAAUCCCAUGAGGAAUCUGGAAGAGAAUAUCACUUUAUCAGCCGAGAACAGUUUGACAACAUGGUCUGCAAUCACAGGUUUAUUGAGUUUGGGGAGUUGAAAGGUCAUCUCUACGGCACUAGUGUGGAUGCAAUCAAAGAUGUUUUGACCAGUGGGAAGAUCUGUGUGCUUGACAUUGAGCCAUAUGCAUUAGAGUCAGUGAGGACCCCAGAGCUGAGGGCAUAUGUCAUCUAUAUAAAGCCUCCUCCUACUGAGCAGAUGAAGCAGACACGAAUGAACUCUCAUAUCAUCACAAAUUACUACAGCAGCCGGCCCUUUAAGGAUGAAGAUUUUCAGGAAAUAGAGAAUUCAGGACGUAAAAUAGAACAGCAUUACAGUCAGUUCUUUGAUCAUGUGAUAGUAAAUGACGGCUUACAGGCUGCAUGUGUGCAGCUGCUGACUGCAGUGAGGAGAGCUCAGGACGAACCCCAGUGGGUACCAGCUGCAUGGGUCAGACCAACUGACCAGUCUUAAUAGAGAAUAUGCAAAUGCAAAUAAACAAUAACUAUGCAAAUAUUUGUAUUUUUCAUUGUAUAUGGUGAAAAUGCUGUAUGCUUUAUCUGUAAAAAUGUUAGUCUGAAUACAAAUUCAUUUUUUUUUGUCUGUCACAAUCUUUUUUUGAUAUUUUGUUCACUCUUGGGGAAUUUGUUUUUCAUAAACCUAAACAUUUAUUAAUCUCCCCAAAGAGAUUUAUCAUUGUUGAGCACUUUCCAUCAGAAAAUAAAAAGAA